CUCCAACGAGCCGUUGGCCCCGAGAUCACCAAGACCGACCUGGUCGGGGCCUUCCAGAGCCUGAUGAAGGACUGCGAGGCUGAAGUACGGGCGGCCGCCUCCCACAAGGUCAAAGAGUUCUGCGAGAACUUGUCCCCAGACUGCCGGGAGGCCGUCAUCAUGGGCCAGAUCCUGCCCUGCAUCAAGGAACUGGUGUCGGACGCCAACCAACACGUGAAGUCGGCGCUGGCCUCCGUCAUCAUGGGGUUGUCCCCCAUCCUGGGGAAGGACAACACGGUGGAGCAUCUGCUGCCCCUCUUCCUCGCGCAGCUCAAGGACGAGUGCCCCGAGGUGCGCCUCAACAUCAUCUCCAACCUGGACUGCGUCAACGAGGUCAUCGGCAUCCGCCAGCUCUCCCAGUCCCUGCUGCCCGCCAUCGUCGAGCUGGCCGAGGACGCCAAGUGGCGCGUGCGCCUGGCCAUCAUCGAGUACAUGCCCCUGCUGGCCGGCCAGCUG